GAUGUUGGGUGGCACGGUUCCUGUUUCCGCACGCCACAGUCCUGAAAACAGGUCGAGAGGGUCCACGUAGCCUGUCGAGGUCAGCUCUAGUGCAUAUCUUCCUCCUAGCCUUCAACUUCUUCGCAGCCUUAUGGAGAAUUCAUAUUCAUUCGGAAUCACAUGUUUGAGUUAGAAGAAUAAUCGAUGGGAUCCCCGCCAACCAGGCCGCGUCGCCAAUAUUUCGGCAUCGAACAACAUCCUGGCCGGACCACGGGGCGCGAGCCGUGAUCUCCCACCUCACCACAGAUGUCGAACCAGGCGUCGUCAUGCCCCUCCAUGCCGACUCUCGACAAGAAGGACUCCGGCGUCGAUGUCGGCGACGACAUGACCUCUCACGCGGGCGCGAAGACCGGCAGCCCACGCCGCAAGAUGCUCUACGAGAGCCGUCGGGCACGGGAGUUCUAUCGAUACUAUCAGCCCAUUCGAGAGCUCACCAAGGCCGGACCGCCGACAUGUGAUAUUGGCGACGAAAGUGCAGUGCGACUGCAUAGGCCGUUAAGCUGUCCGGACAGGGCGCUGACGGCUUUCUGUCAACUAGGCGCAUUACGCAUGAACACGAAACGUGCUAUGUUAUUCUUCUUCGAUGCUUCGAAUGCAUACAUUCUCGCGGAGUCUACCAAGACACUGAGUCUCCAAGAUGAUUCCAAGCAUGCGGUCGAAGACGAUCUCUGGCUGGGCCAUAGCAUUAUACCCCGCGGAUACUCAGUGUGUGAGCAGACAAUCAUGUUGCCAUCUAAUGAGGGCUCGAACAAAGACGAAUCCAAUUCAAGCAUAAUUCACAUUGUGAAUGAUCUCGGCGAAGACACACGAUACUGCGACCGCCCCUUUGUGAUCGGCGGACCGAAAGUGAAAUUCUAUGCCGGUGUUCCAAUUACUACGCCGAGAGGAAUCAAUAUCGGCGCGUACUGUGUGCUCGACGAUGAGCCUCGCCAUGGUCUUGACGAAGAUAGCGUAAAUUUCAUGCGGGACAUGGCGACCACCGUCAUGACGCAUCUGGAAAUGGUCAGAGCUACUGCCGAGCACAAAAUCGGGACGAAGAUGGUCGCUGGACUUGGUGCUUUCAUUGAUGGCGCAUCUGGCUUUCGGGACUGGGCUGAGCGGAAUGCAGACUGGAAUAUGGAGGACGUUGAGCAAGAUCCGGCGAUGCAGCACCCACUGGGCGUGCAGCCAAUGACCACGCCAACGUCUGCGAUCGCUGCUACCGCAGUCGCCGUGGGCGAGCAAGAGGCAGACGCAAAUCUAGCAGUGCCUUCUGCCAACACCUCUCCUAAAGGGCGACAUCGUGCGUUCAGUGGUGUCAGUGGGCUUCCACCGCCAACUGCAACACCUUCACAUACACUGAAGUAUCGUCGAAGCACAGAGAAGCUGGAAGACCCCGAGAUUUCCAGUAAACAAAGCACAUUUGGUCGCGCUGCGAAACUCAUCCGCGAAGCCAUGGAUGUCGAAGGGGUGAUGUUCCUGGAUGCUGCAGUUGGCACGUUCGGAGGUCUCAUUGAGACUGUCGAAUCUGGCCAUAACUCCACGACUCACACGGAUCAUACCGAGAUGAGCUCAGACAACCAUCAAAGUGCAGCGGAAGCCAAUACGACCGGGACCGACACUGAAACCAAGGCCAUCAAAAAAACCACUGGCGAGGACCUCUCUCAAAAGCAGUGCCAUGUAUUGGCGUCAUCUUGUGCGAUAUCGCUGGCGACCAUGACGGAUGCCGAUACUGCACGAGAGGCCGCGGAAGCUUCCAUGAAGUGCCACGAGCAGAUUACCGAGAAGUUCUUGCGAUCCCUUCUGCGACGGUAUCCUCGAGGGAAAAUUUGGGCCUUCAAUGAGCACGGUGACGCUUCUUCCGACGACGAUGAGUCUUCUGAAUACAACAGCGAUGCGAAGUCUUGCCGCUGUUCUUUGGGCAAAGCAUUCGACGGCAAGCAAAUGCAUGCUCCAUCUUGUUCGAAGCGAAGGAAACAAGGCCGUCGAGACGAUUGCGCUGAAAUUUUGCGAUUGUUCCCUGGUGUGCGAAGCUUCGGUCUUGUUGGCAUGUGGGAUAACACAAGGCAGCGCUGGUACGCUGCUUCUCUUUUCUGGUCACAUUCGCCGCUCCGACUCUUCUCAGAGGAAUCUGAAGUCAAGUAUAUGACCGCUUUUUGCGAUGUCAUCCUGGCCGAAAUCCAUCGCAUUGAAGCACAAACAUCGGAUCGCGCAAAGUCGGACUUCAUUAGCACUAUAUCCCAUGAGUUGAGAAGUCCCCUUCACGGCAUUCUAGGCUCUGUGGAAUGUCUGCAGGAGAGCGACUUCGAUUCCUUCAACACGAAUUUGAUCUCACAGGUUGAGAUCUGUGGACGGACAUUAUUGGACAUUAUCGAUCACCUCCUCGACUUCAGCAAGAUCAACCACCACGCCAAAUCGCGAGCUCCGAGGACCCUGGAUCGACAAGGGCGAAAGCUGUCUUCCAAUUCUUCCAAGAGAACUCGCAUGGGCGGACUCAUGGCGCUGGACGUCGAUGUUGCUCUUGACCAGAUCACGGAGGAAGUUGUGGAAACGGCAGUGUAUUCGUUCUGCUGCAGCAGAGAUGCCGACACUAUUCUCACUCGAAAAGUGGCCGUGAUACUGGAUAUCGACCGAGCACCGGACAUUGAUUGGCGAUGCUCUGUUGCCGUGGGAGCCUGGAAACGGAUCUGCAUCAAUCUGGUCUCGAACUCGCUGAAAUACACGCAGAACGGCCAUAUUCGAGUAUCACUAAAGGCAAAUCCACUGCCGGACAAGAAUCAGAAGAAACGGUUCAAUGUCACUUUUAGUGUGCAGGACACCGGCAAAGGCAUGUCGAAAGAUUUCUUGGAGAAUCACCUUUUCCGCGCUUUUGCGCAAGAAGACAGCUUAGUUGAAGGCACUGGACUUGGCAUGAACCUGGUCGCAAAGAUCGUGAAGUCUUUCGAGGGUAAGAUUGAAGUCUUGAGCGAGAAGGGCGUAGGGUCUUGCUUCUCGGUUACUCUGCCACUUGAGCUGAGUCGCACAAAGCGAGAGACUGGGGCACGCAACCCUGCGCGACCACUGCAUCGCUCCAUUUCCGGUAUGGCGCGAGCUGUUGCUGGCUGCUCCGUGGGCAUCAUUGACUCUGCGAGCACACCUUCUGGUAAUCAAAGAGCUGAUGAGACUGCACGCGCUCUGUUGUUGAGCAGUGUUCACAAGACUCUUGGCGAGAUCGGCGUCAAUGCAUACAAUUGCACGUGGCAAGGCGAUGAAGCAGCUGAUAUCUACUUGGUCUCGGAGGCAGAACUGAGCAAUGAACAUCAUCGAAGGCAAGAAGUUGGCUGCCUCGACGGACCAAUGUCACCGAGUGCAGUGAGCAACAAGCCUUUCAUCGUACUGUGUGACAGCACUGUCUCUGCCAGGAGGAUGCGAGCGCCUGGGCUCGGCAACAUCGCGACAGGCCACAUUGAGUUGAUUGCCCAGCCAGCUGGACCUGAACGUCUCGUUAAGGCCAUCUCGGCCUGCAUGAAGGUCAAACGUGAGGUCGCACGAGAUGUGGCUCUGGCUGGCGCCGUGAGCGAUAUACCCGCCAUGGUCCCUCAUCCUGAUGCGGUCGACUCCUCACAGCGUCCCAGUCUGGUGCAUCGAGGGCGAAACGAUACCAUAAUCAGUCGGCCGCAGCAAGAGGAACAAAUGUCGAGCAGUCCGUCCAGUGGGGAAGGUGUUGAAGACUCGGUUCGUACAGAGGCAUCGAAAAUGGAGCGGAACCUCUCAUCCGACUACAAAUUCCCUCGAAUACCAACUCCAUCGCUGAAUGGAUCGAAGCCGAGAGUCAGCACGAUUGCCGGGUCGUCAAAACAGACAAGUCCCAAAGCAGAUAGGAACAAGAAGAGCGAAGGUAGUGUGUCGAUGAUGUUGGUUGAUGACAAUUCCAUAAACCUUCAGCUGCUCGUAACAUAUGCCGAGAAGAACGGCCAUCGUAAGAUAGUCGCCACCGAUGGCCAGCAGGCCGUAGACGUGUACAAGCAAGCAGCUCUCGAAGCCGAAGAGAAAGGCGAGACGAAGGAAUCAGUUCCCAAAGGUGAAGCGCCGAUUAAACCACAGGUCGUUCUAAUGGACAUCAAUAUGCCUGUGCUCAAUGGCUUCGAGGCCACAAGAGCGAUCAGAGGCUUCGAGAAACAGAAGGGACUGGAAGCAGCAACCAUCAUAGCGCUCACUGGAUUGGGCAGCGCGAGCGCACAACAGGAGGCUUUUAGUUCGGGAGUGGAUUUAUUCUUGACGAAACCGGUUCGUCUCAAGGAGCUGACGAAUAUCUUGAACGGGAUACAACGAUGAUGCGGAACGGGUGAGCACAACGCGUAUCGCGGUAUGAGGGGUGAUUCUGCCGGCGGCAGAAAUCACUGAAUGUUAUGCUUGGCGCAUGGCGGUCACGAAGGGCGUUAUGAUAUAGAGAGAGGCGAGCGAUCGACUACAGAUCUUCACGAAGAUGAAUUCUGGCUAUUUGCACAAACGGCUAAAUUGUGAAAGUGCAUAAGUCCUU